UUUAUUUCAAGUUUUAUGAUUCUUGCUUGAAAAUUAAAAAAAAAAAUUGUAAAAUACUAUUUUUAGCCGGUCGUAGCAUGUAACGAGUUAAAUGAGAAUUCAUUCAUUUAAUAUUGAUAAACAAACAACCGAGGCCGUUAACGUGAUCUAACAAUCAUAAAUAACUUUUUAGUUGAACACAGAAAAGUAAAAUGAGCCUUGAAGGAGAUGGAAUUCAGGACGAAUACGCUGUCACAGCCCUUCAAAUUUUCGAGUAUUGUGGAGCCGAUAGUUCUAUCUCGUUACGGGUGGAUGCUCUUAUGGACAAAUUCGCGCCUUUCGUUAAAACAAACAAAUGUGAAUACAGUUACCUCAAAUCACUCUUAGAUCCAGAUCAAAACAAUCCAGAAAUUACAGUUCCAAAAUUGGCCGAAUGUUUAAAUAAGUACAGUGAAAGCCAAAAAGCUAAGGUGGAUCUAGAAGAAAGCUUUAAUUUGAGAAAUGGACAGGCUCCACAUGAUUCAGACUCUGGAAUUUCAACUGAUGGUUUUCAACUUAUAGAGGAGUUACAAUGCGAGCUAAGAGAAAAAUCCCACUUGGCACAUCAGUUGCGCAGCCAACUAGACUUCACGGACAGACAGCACGAAGAAGCGGUAUCUGCGCUCACUGCCGAGCGGGAUUCCCUACGAUCGCAUCUUAAUAUGCUUCGCGAGGAGAAUAUGAUAUUAACUCACGUCAGACGCGACUAUGAAGAUGUGUGUGAGCGAUUAUGUAAUAGUGAACGGCUAUUGGAUGAUGUGAAAAGGCAGCUUGAGUGUAGCAAGAAGAAGCUACGAGUGAUGACCCAACAAGUUUGUACACUUGAGACCGAGAAACUGACACUGAGCGAGCUUCUCGCGAAGUCAAAGGAGGAAUGUCACCGUAUAAAUGACAGAUACGCAAAUAGGCAAAGUGCGUUACUGGAGCAAAAUGAGCGCCUGCGCAGCGAGCAUGCUGACCUGAGCGUAAGGUUGCAAGACCAUGAUGAGGUUAUGCAGACUGUCUUAAAGGAAAAGAUUUCAUUGGAGAUGGAGUUGAAGGAGAUAUUAAAUAAAACAAACCAGACACAGUUGAGGAUGGACCGCUCCGUCGACAUCAGCUACACGGAAGAUCAAAUGUUGACGGCACUGGACAGUCUUAAUGCUGACAGCAGGUUCUGUAUCGAUAAACGGAUUAUAGAUGAGUCUUUCACGUUCAACGACGAAGGUCGACCAACUAACAUGUCUCUCUUUGACGAAAUUAGACUUAGCUUUUGUAACAUGUCCCGCCAUAAUAUUACUGAUAUUUGUACGAAUGACAAAGAUCUUGAUAAUUUUAACUCUGAGAUCGCUACACAGACGGACAGUACAGAUAACGAUAAAGAUAGUGUUCUUGAUGUAGAAUAUUUUAAUGUUGAAGUACAAACUGAUAUUAACGAGUCUAAGCGAACAAAUGAUCAUGAAACACAAACCAAUAUAGAACAUAAUAGCUUGAAAAAUGCUGAAAUGCAAACAAUUCAAGCGUCUAACCAAACAAUUGAUGUCGAAAGCCAAACAAUUAUAGAACAAAAUGAAACUAAAAAUGCCGAAGUACGAACCGAUAUCGCAAAUAAGUUAGUUAAUUCUGAAGUACAAACAAAUGAAACUAGAACUCUUACCACCGAUGUUGAAACACAAACUGAAAUGAAGCGAACCGAUGUCGCAAAUAAGUUAGUUUAUUCUGAAGUACAAACAAAUGAAACUAGAACUCUUACCACCAAUUUUGAAACACAAACUGAAAUGAAACGAACCGAUGUCGCAAAUAAGUUAGUUAAUUCUGAAGUACAAACAAAUGAAACUAGAACUCUUACCACCAAUGUUGAAACACAAACUGAAAUGAAACGAACCGAUGUCGCAAAUAAGUUAGUAAAUUCUGAAGUACAAACAAAUGAAACUAGAACUCUUACCACCAAUUUUGAAACACAAACUGAAAUGAAACGAACCGAUGUCGCAAAUAAGUUAGUUAAUUCUGAAGUACAAACAAAUGAAACUAGAACUCUUACCACCGAUGUUGAAACACAAACUGAAAUGAAACCCAAAAAUACACAAAACAAAGCAAAAAUUCGAAAUUUUAAAUUUCCUAUGAAAUUAAGGCGGACAAAGAAAGACGCAGCUAUACAAACAGAUAUAAAUACAAAUAAUAAUCUCAACAAGUGUUUAGAAUGCAAUAAAUUCGAUCUAUAUACAGUUCAAUUGGAAAAAGACUAUAACAAUUCCCAUAACAUGCUGUUAGAUGUGAAAAAUGAAAUCGAGAAAUAUGAAAAUAAUUUAAAUGUCCUCAAAAACAUUGUUGAUGAGGGAAAUGACAGGAAUAGCUAUUUGAAAUCUGUUGUUGACGGGUUGAGAGUUAAUUUGAGUGUUUUAGAGGCGGCAUGUUCUAAGCAAAAUGAAGAAAUAGAGAAACUAUCUUGUUCUAUGUCUUCAAUUCAAGUGCAAACUGAGUUUGAACAAGUGUCAACGUAUUCGCAAACAGAUUUGCCUUGUUCCGCCUGCGCUAAACGGACCGGAGCUCAUCGCUUGAGGAAGUAUCUGUGGGACCCGUUGAAGUGUCUCUUCCAAGCGUUCGCUGUCAUCUGCUUUAUAUUCGCUCUCUCCGCGUUGUAUGGCGUCAGUCGGCGUUGGCAAUCUCCGUGCACUCCUCUGGCGCCUUGGAGCUGGCUGCAGCCUCACGAUUUGAUGGAUCUGUUCUUCCGUAUCGAGUAUAUAGCUGAUGUACCUAUGUAGACUUAGUGUUGUUGUAAAUGGUAAAUAUACGUUAAAAUAUUGUCAAUUGUCAACUGUCAGCUGUCAACUGUCAGCUGUCAUUGUUAGUUAAGUUUCUAUUCUUUCGCAAAACUUGCGAUGUUAGUAGACUUAGGUUUUUUUUAAUCCAAAAUGACCUUAAUACGAGGUAAGGAGGUGCAAUUUUUUAUCUAUUUCAAUUUUGUUGCGUGACCAAAAUUGUCUUUGAGAUUUUUUACCCAAAUUGUCGCAAUUUACUUAAUUUAAGCGCGUUUGUGUUUUUUUAUUAUAACUAACCAAUGAAGACGUACAAAAAUUAAUGCAUGAACGUUUUGGUGAUUUCGUCUGGUAUUGCUCAUAAUGUCGCUGACACAACGCAUCCAUUUUUUAUACAAUAUGUAUUCUUUACAAUUAAUGUUCGAUUUUCCAAAUUAGGUCUCGGAGGGCUUUUCGCGCUCAAAUUUUCCAUACAAAAACAGUACAGAUUACUAUUCUGUGAUAAAAGUGCCACAGAGUACACAGUUACAUUGAUUAAGAUAUCACCAUAUCUCUUAUAAGACCUGAUUAUAUUAGUACAACUAAGUAAGUAACUAACGAUUUGAAAUGGAAUUUAUAAUCUUCAAAACGGCUGGACCGAUUCUCACAUUACUGCGAAAAAUACUUAUAAAAUUUGAUUUGUUUUUUUUGCGAAAACAUAACUUAUCUCUUUCUGUUAAAUUGUGUUAACGCUAUGAUGAAAAGAUACCGUAUAUAUUAAAUAGUACUUCGAGCAGCUUCUAAUUGUGAUUGGACUUUUAAUAAAACAAUAAUACUAAGUGCAAACAUUCAAAGUUGAAUCUCAUUUGCAUUUAAUUUUAGGGUUAAAUAUAUGAAUGUCGCUUUUCUAGUGCUAUGUGUAUUUCAUCUAUUUCUUGUCUUACUUCAACUAUAAACUUAAAGGGUCUACAAUUAUUAUUAUACAAUUUUGCUUUUGACGCCCAAAAAACUGGCUGGUAUAAGGAGUAGAAAGGUUUAUUGAUGCAAUUAAAAAGUUAUCAAUGUUUUAGUAUAAUAAUACAAGUUUGUGGACAUUUUUUUUCCGAUAUGGUGGUAAAUAACAAUUUGUCAAGAUUCAGAACAGAUUUCCGAUUAUAUAUUAGUGACUGGAACCUAGACAAACUGUUAUCUAUAAUUGUGUUAAUAUAAAAUAAACAUAAAUUCAGGAACCUGCCACAACAAGAUGGCGUCGCAUCAGUCCCUGUGAUAUACCAUGAAUACUCUUAAAUGAAUGUCAAGUUUUUACGCGUUAUCAUAUAUAUUUCGAUCAAUAACAAUCUCCGACGACCGCAUUCUGAAACGUCCAUCAAUCUUAAAUCUCAAGAACUUUCAAACCGUGUCCACGUAAAGUUUGACAUUUGACAGCGCGUCAGUCGAGAUUGUGACUUGAGAUUCGAAUCAAAAUAUGGACUCCAGACAAUGAUAGGAUUGGACAGGCAAAAACAUCUCUGUCGCAUCUCAUACUAAGGAAAUUUGUUAAAAUAAUUGUAGAUAAAUCUAGAGUAUAAUUUUAGGUUUAAAAGUAUUAAUUUGAUACCAAAAAUACUUUUAAGUUGAUACUAAUAUACUAAGUUUCAUGUUCUUUUAUUAAAAUGUCUACCAGUAACAAUUUCUUAAUAGACGCAAAAAUGUUUCAUAUAUUUCAGUUAUUAUAAGGGAAAGAUGUUGAUGUAGAUGCUUGUUUGCCUCGGAAAUGAGAAGCAAACAUAGGGUUUGUCAAAAAUACCAAUUGGAGAACGCCCAUAACGAGAAAUUCAAAAUUUAGCGCCAUUUAAAUGUUAUGUAUCGCUAAAUCUCGUUGCUGAGUACUCUUAGACUGACUUUCCAAAUAUCAUCGCAACGAAAAGUAAAAAUGUGUUAUAAUCAUUUAAUUUCAGUAAUUAUUAAAUCAAUAUUAAAAUAUUGUAACAGUACUAAUGUCAAAAAGACUACAGUUUCGCAGUUACAGAUUUUGACCUUAGGAAAUACAUAGAUUUUACGUAAAGGUUAUGCCAAAUAUUUCUAUAAUCUAUGUUUGAAAAUGUCUUCCUCAUCAGUUAUUACUGCAUUUAUUUUUAAUAGAUGUAGGUUGUGACUUGUUUGUAAAGUUGAAAUUACUUUAAUAUGUUAUGUAGAUUAUAAUAAAUUGGUGCCUUUAUAAAUUUA